GCUGCCUUCUCUUUCAAACUGGGUCGCUUCUUGUUUUGAUAUCACUUCUGCAUUGUUCUUUGUGACCUACGCAUCCCUCCGAUUUCCACACGAACCCCACGAGGUGUUGGUCUCUCUCAUUGAGCUUCAAUUGCAUCGGCUCUUUGCGCAUUCAGCAUCACGAUUACGGUCGCUACGCCAUUUCCUGCAUAUCAAACUCCACUUCGCCUCGAUUACGAGAGUGACCCAGGCGCAUUCUUUCGCUCUGAUCCAAGUCUACAGUAAUUAACGCUACUGGGUCCGAUCCCUUGCGCUAUACAAACCCGCGACUUCAGAUCAUCGCGCGUCUUGUUUCGGGAAGCAGACGAAAAAUUAGACAAUCAUGUUCUUCCUCAAGGAGGAGAUCAAGGUCAUUGCCUUGCAUCCGUCCUAUUUUGGACCCAAUAUGCGGGAUUAUCUCAUCACCCGGUUAAAUGAGGAAGAAGAAGGCCGGUGUACGGGCGACCACUUUGUGAUCUGCGUCAUGGACAUGGUAGAUAUCGGCGAAGGGCGCGUGCUGCCCGGUAGUGGACAAGCGGAAUAUACGAUUAAGUACCGUGCGAUUAUCUGGAAGCCGUUCCGAGGAGAGACUGUUGAUGCCAUCGUAACCUCCGUCAAGCCUACUGGAAUCUUCACCUUGGCGGGCCCAUUGUCUGUGUUCAUCGCGCGAAAGAACAUCCCUUCUGACAUCAAGUGGGAGCCCAACACGGUACCGCCACAAUAUACGGACCAUGCGGACCAGGUCAUCGAGAAGGGAACGAGUCUGCGACUCAAGAUUCUGGGCGUGAAGCCCGACGUUGCGGCGAUCAACGCCAUUGGUACAAUCAAAGAGGACUUCUUGGGACCAUUGUAAACUGCGUGGCACGGGCAAUCCUUCCUUUCUUUUCUUGAUCCGAUGAUACCAUCACUACUGCGAAGGAAGCCUGGACCCUUGAAGUCUUUCGUACCACCAUUCGCACCACUAUAUGGGAACGGCCGGACUAUUGUUUGCUCAGAUUUGGCUUUCGGAUCAUGCGCUUUCUGAGGCAUGGCAGGGGCGCACUGAACCGUAUCCACUAGCAGGAUGUCAUUUGGGAGGAUGAUGUCCUGCUUUUCCUGGCAAGAAGCCCGCGCAGGCAGACAGGGCUGCCUGGUCGCCGGAGCAUAAGUCCCUCCCAUGGUCAUGGUCUGUAUGGCAAGACAAUACAAGACAACAUGGAUGGUGAGUGAUUUGAAGCCUUGACCGGCUUCGUAAAUUAUAAGAAAAAGCGUUGUUGUGUACAGUCAAAAACAAAUACGGUAGGCUUAAUUUGGAUAGAU